AUGGACGCUGAGGCCUACCUCAAACGCCACGGCUGGUCUGGCCCCGGCAACCCAUUGAAUAAAAACUCCCGCCCCGGACCGCACGGUGGUCUGGGUCUCACACGCCCUAUUCUAGUUGCGCGCAAACAGAACAAUCAUGGCGUCGGAAAGAAAGUGACCAAAGACUCCGCGACGAACCAAUGGUGGUUGCGUGGAUUCGAAGAUGCGCUGAAGGGUGUAGGCGAAGAGAAGCCUGCCACAGCGGUACCGACAGGGAAUGCGCUUACGAGUGAAUUAUAUCGAUUCUUCGUACGAGGAGAGGGUCUGGCCGGGACCCUCAAUGACGACAAACCGAAGCCGAAAUCCUCAAAGUCCAAACGGAAGCGCGAUGACGAGGAUGAGGGCGAUCGUAAGGCGAGGAAGGCGGAGAAAGCUGCCCGGAAAGAAAAGAAAGUGGAGAAGCGCAAGCGGCGAAAGGUGAAGGAGGAGUCUGAGACCAUUUCUGCUUCCAGUGAUUCUUCCGAGGGGGAGAAGCAAAAGGAGACGGAGAGUAAGCAGGAGCGUCGGGCAAGACAUAAGGAGAAGAAAGAGAAGAAGCUGAAACGGCCUGCCGAGGAAGACUAUCCCACCCCUAUGUCGACAGAACAAGAGCCGGACCUAGACGCCGCCGAAUCAUCAGGCCAAACAAAGGAUAAGAAGAGCAAGGACAAGAAGGAGAAGAAGGCCAACAAAAAGUUCAAAGAAAGUGACGGUGACGAAGAAACAGACUCAGAGAAGUCUAGAAAGGAGAAGAAGAAGAAGAAGGAAAAGAAGUCCAAAAGCACCUGA